AUGACAUCGCCUUUGAAGCGUUCAAGCACCACACCUAAUUUCCGAUCCAAAGCACAGCAACUACUGGACGAGGACGAUAUGGAGGAAGAAGAUGAAGAGACACUACAACUUCAAUUGGCUGAAAUCAAAGCCCGCCUGCGAUUGAAGAAACUCCAGCAAAAGAAUCGGGGCAGGUCCAGCUCAAUUCUCGAGGAGGACGAGUCGCGGCCCUCCUCCGCUAUCAGCCCUUCCCGGACAGAACGAGCAGAAGAUCGCAACCCCGCGCAAAGAAGUCCCAAGAAGCUUAUCAAACGGACAAGCAACGAUGAGAUCCAAGUUCCAGCGUCACCUACAAGGCGCGAAAUCCCUGCCAAUGAUCCCAUAUCACCUCGACGAUAUGUGAUGGGCAUCGAUAAGGGCUGGAAAGCAAAUGAUGUGUCACUAAAGCGCCCUCCAAUCACACGACCUGAUCCUCGACCAAGCAGUCACCUGGGCUUUAGAGAUGGCGCUACGCCGCGGGCCAACGACCUGUUUUCGGCUCGGCCCCAGACUUCCCCUGCAGGCGGAGGGCUCAAUCGAAUCAAGAGCUUCAGUGAGAGAAUGGCCGAAGGCCGAGCAGCUGAAAAAGCUGAAAAAUCUCGGUUGGAGAGGGCAGAGCAGAUCCAGGCCAGCCGCAGUUCAGCAUUCCAGGUCGAUAAAUCGGAGCUCGAGACUUUUAAGGCCGCUGCGGCGGAUCAGAAGUACGUUCCGCCUUCUGCGUCGAAAUGGGAUCGACAGACGGAGAGCUUCAGUCGCGAGGAUGUUCUUCGGUCUAUGGGUCAAUCUCGGCCAUCUGGGCUACAUCGUAGCAACACGACCCCAAAUCUCCGACGAACCGAGGGAGGUGGUCAUACUGAGAGACAAUCACAUUUGCAUAGGCGGACCAAUACGACAGAGGAAGAGACAGGCUCAUUCCAGAACCCAGGACAGUCAGAUGAUACCUUGAUGAAAGCGCCAGACUCGUCCAAGUUUGAGUCCUACUCAUCACUGCAUCUAUCAAACCGGGUUCUCCCUCAUUCGUUCUUGAGUCGCACACUUGCAGAGAAGAAAGUUCUACGCAUCCCUGAUCUACUCAAAUCCGUCAAGGCACCUGCAUUCGAGCUUCCUGAGGAAAUCGAUGGGGAUUUUGUUGUUUUUGGAAUUGUUGCCUCCAAGUCUGACCCUAAGAAUAUAAAAUCCACGGGUAAUGCGACCGCAAAAUCUCAGGAUCCAUAUGACGAUGGCCUGAACAACUCGGGAAAAUACAUGGUUAUUACUUUGACCGAUCUGAAAUGGACCGUCGACCUCUUCCUUUUCGACACGGCCUUCCCUCGAUAUUACAAAGUAUCGGAGGGCACUCUGAUUGCCAUUUUGAACCCUACAAUUAUGCCUCCUCCAAAGCAUAAAUUGGACACAAACAGAUUCAGUCUAUCGCUGUCUUCCUCGGACGACAAGGUACUCGAGAUUGGCUACGCUCGCGAUAUUGGGUUUUGCAAGGCUGUGAGGAAAGAUGGAAAGACAUGUCAAUCUUGGGUAGAUGGCCGAAAGACUGAAUUCUGUGACUUUCACAUUGACAUACAGGUCCGGCGAACUCAGGGCCAACGUGCGGGAAUCAACGCCGAUAGUGGGAUGGGUCCUGGGGGAAGAUCUGGACCGCGAACGGGAUUCUUUGGCGAGGGAGCAAAGCGAGGUGGUCGAGGAAGUGCUUCCAAGCAAGGCCUCAAACAUAAUGGCCCCCAAUUUGACUUUGCUUCCCAGUCACACUACUAUGUGGCUCCUUCCAAAAAUCGUGGCACUGGUCGCACAUCUUACAAUCCUCUUGCGGGUUCGGCUGCAAGGCUGGAUGGAUACGACGACCCAUUUGUCUCUCUGGGAACAGGUGGGCGCGUUGAAAGCAAAGAGGAAAAGAUGCGCCGACGACUGGCGGCCCAGCAGAAAGAGCGUGAUAUCACUCAAAAAUUAGUCGCCGGUCGUGUGGGUGGUGUGGGUGCCGAAUAUCUCCGCACCAGGGCCGGAAAUGAAACUCCAAACAAGGCAACGACACCGUCUACUCCUGCGGUGCCCAGGAGCCCCCCUGAUCCCAAUGGCAUUGACCUGACCACUCUCGGCAAGGCCAAGAAUGUGCGCUUGAGUCCCAUGAAACGGGCCCAUGGCAAGCCUCAUGGUAGCGGGGUCAAGAAGACUCGGUUCAUAACUUCCAAGGGCAUCAGAGAAGCUGGCCGGGAGAGCCUAGGCGCACCAGCUGAGAGCACACCGAGUGGAAGGCGGAUGGUGAUAGAUGAUGACGACGAUGACGAUGAGCUGGAGUUCAUUUGA